AUGACCUUAACCAAACAGAGCUUCCACCGGGCCCUUCCACCCCCUUCUGAGGUGGCCAUGACCGACCUGGACAACACCAGAGGGAAAGAGAAGGCUGUGCAGCAAUCCGUCACCAGGACUGGGAUGGUGGUACCAAAGAAGCGACCGACGGGAAGGCUGGUCAUGCACAGCAUGGCGAUGUUCGGCAGGGAGUUCUGCUAUGCUGUGGAGGCCGCCUUUGUCACCCCGGUGCUGCUCAGUGUAGGGCUGCCCAAGAGCCUCUACAGCCUGGUGUGGCUCAUCAGCCCAAUCCUGGGCUUCGUGCUGCAGCCCGUGGUAGGUUCAGCCAGUGAUCACUGCAGCUGUAGCUGGGGCAGGAGGCGACCGUACAUUCUGGGUCUGGGCAUCAUAAUGCUGGUAGGCAUGGCUUUGUACCUCAAUGGGGACGAGAUGAUCUCAGCUUUCAUCGAUGGGAGAGACAAGCAGCAGAUGUGGGCAAUAGUCAUUACCAUGCUGGGAGUAGUGCUUUUUGAUUUUGCAGCUGACUUUAUUGAUGGCCCUAUCAAAGCAUAUUUAUUUGACGUCUGCUCUCAUCAGGAUAAAGAGAAGGGUCUGCAUUACCAUGCCCUCUUUACAGGCUUAGGAGGAGCCCUGGGUUACCUGACAGGUGCUGUGGAUUGGGGUCAAACCAUACUAGGAUAUUCCUUAGCAUCGGAAUUCCAGGUGAUUUUCCUCUUGUCAGCCUUGGUUUUCCUAAUCUGCCUUACUGUACAUCUGCACAGUAUUCCUGAAGUCCCGCUCAGCUAUAACAAAGAAGAGACAAAGUUCUUGUUGGAAGUGACUGACCCCAAAAAGUAUAGCUCCAUAGACGAAAUCAGGAAUGGAUACUUAACAUGUACUGAAAUAAAUGCUGCAGCUAAAGCAAAGAAACACGCUGUUACAUCACAUACAGAGACUCAAAGGCGGAUGACCCUUAAAUCACUCUUGAAGACGCUUUUCAGCAUGCCAUCCCACUAUCGCUAUCUGUGUGUGAGCCACCUCUUUGGAUGGAUGGCUUUCCUGUCCAACAUGCUCUUCUUCACGGAUUUUAUGGGACAGGUUGUAUACCGAGGUAGUCCUUAUGCACCUCAUAACUCCACGCUUUACCUUACCUACAGAAGAGGUGUAGAGGUUGGAUGCUGGGGGCUGUGUAUCAAUGCGAUUUCGUCCUCAGUCUAUUCUUACCUGCAGAAAAUCCUUCACCAAUACAUAGGAUUAAAGGGACUUUAUUUCAUUGGAUACCUACUUUUUGGAUUAGGUACUGGAUUAAUUGGCUUGUUUCCCAAUGUCUAUUCCACUCUGGCUCUGUGUUCCCUCUUUGGUGUCAUGUCCAGCACGCUGUACACAGUGCCAUUCCAACUCAUUGCAGAGUAUCACAGAGAAGAAGAGGUCCAGAAUUUGCAGGAGGACAAACAAGACACAGACCACAGGCGAGGGAAGGGCAUCGACUGCGCUGCUCUCACUUGCAUGGUCCAGCUGGCCCAGAUCAUCCUUGGCGUGGGCCUGGGGCUCUUGGUUAGUGUUGCCGGCAGUGUGGUCACUGUGAUUUCUGCAUCGAUGGUGGCACUGAUCGGCUGCUGCUUUGUUGCUUUUUGUGUUCGAUAUGUGGGGUAGGACUGCGUGAAGCAAGUGGAAGAAAUUCCCCCAGGGGAAUGUUUUCUUUCUGGGUCAGUAGCACUGGUGCUCUUGCCAUGCUGAUCCUACUGGUACACCCUCCUCUCUUACCUGCUUGGAGCAGUUGCAAUUCCAGAGCAUCACUGAUCUGCAAAGUGAAGACUUGAUAAAACUGGUUGCCUCAAGCCUCAGAUUGAAAGUUUCUUUUUUUUUUGGCUACUUUACUGCUUCCUUCCUGUUGACCUCAGUGUAUUAACACACUGUAUUGUAUGUGAAGACAUGUCUGCUAGUGGUGUCUUGAUGCCCUGCUUGAGGAGCCAUGAAACUCAUUAUCAAUUUGUGGAAGUAGAUGAAGUAUAUGGUAAAUUGAAGAAGUAAUAAAAAUGGACAGAGUUGGGAUGAAAGUUGUUACUUACCUUGUUUUACAAGCAUCUUAAGUUCGGAGUUAUUCUCCUUGGUAGUCAAAAGCUGCAGGAACAUCAAACAGUUGUCAUAAGCCAUGGUGCUAUUAUGUCAUGAUUAGCAGGUUCAUUAAAUGGUAUAUUAACCUCCCGGCUAUCAUAAAAGCAGAUUUGGGUAUGGAAGGUGAUUGGAGUGUAAAAAAUGUUGAAGCUUAUUGUUUAACAGCAUAAUAGUAAAGCAAUUAUUUUAUACUGGAUCCUGCUGCUUGUGUACAAAUGAAAUGAAAGUACUGGCUGACUUUGCUAUGAAAGUUUGGCUAAGGCUACUCUGCAAAUCCAUUUUUAGGCACCUAAACAAUUGAUCUACAGGAAACGUGCAAUUUCUUAAUUCUUAGAAGUCUGUCCUCUUGACUUUGAUACUAUAAUUGAAAAAAAUAAACUUAGCCAAAAUAAGAAUUGUAUUCAUGGUGGUAAGCCAGUCAAACCUUGGCAUUGGAAAUAACAGUAUUUACCUUAAUGUAGUAUCUGUUUUCUCUGUUUACCUGCAUAUGUCUAGCCUUGAGUGAAAUGGUUUUUGUUCUUUACAGAAUGCUCUAAGUCAAUUCAGUUCUGAAAAGGUUGUCAUGAAUUAUUGUACAGAUGUUCCUCUAAACUCUACAGUGAAUCCUGCAGUCCAGAUAUUUGUAUUUAAUAGAGUAUGGAGUUUGAUUCCUAUUUUUAUUAUAUUGCCAGAUUUUCAAAGGCCCUUUGUUUGUGAAAGUGAUAUGCUGUAUUUAUGCUGUGCUUCCUCGAUUCUGGAGAUUGUCAUUUGUUAUGUUAUAUGAUAAGCACCACAAAGCCAUCUACUAAUGCAAUAUUUUUAAUGAAUGGGGAUACAGAGAAAGACUGCUGUCAAGUAUGUUUUUAUAUACAUGUUGCACAUGUACAGUCUCGACUGUUCAGCAAGCUAGCCGUUGAGGUCAUCAUCUCUUGGAGUAGCUCCACACAGUAUGAACUGACACCAACACAUGCAAGUCGUUGGAUUUG